GUUCAUGAACGCGGAAGCCGCCCGCAGCGUCUCCGAUAACGCCUGCCGAGUCUACACCGAUAACCGUGACUAAUUGUAAGGCAACCACAUGCGGGCCGGACUUGAAGAAAACGCGGAAAAAUAUCGAUCCAGUACACGCCACCUGUUCACAAUGGGGGACGCGCACCUGCCCCGCCAUCACUGCCACAAUGGCUCCAAACGCCGCCACGCGCGCACCACGCUCCACCCGCUCGAACCUAGACCCCGCAACCGAACUAGCCGACUGCCCAUAGCUACGUCACACCGUCCGCGCGCCGUCGCAUAUCGAUCGACCAUCAUCCCACCAUACCACCAUUGACUCAUAUACAACCCACGCACUCAACCUUUCAACAGUGAUUCAGCAAGCAAACCCUUCAAAUCUCAGUAAUGUAGCUAGCCAGCCAUGCAUAUCAUAUCGGGAUUGUCGCCGGCAUCUGGCGAGAUGCUCGAUGCCUCCAACAACUUGUACGGGGACUCAGGAGACCAGUGCGGAUUUUUUCCUCUCGACCAUGCGGUCCCAGAAUCUUCACACACCGUUGAAAUAGAAUACGUUUACGAGCAACCCGAAGGCGAAACGUAUGAGUAUAACGAACCGAAUGUUACUGUUGUUAAUCUUCAAGAAGGAACUCCAGUGCAAGAAGAUCUUCAAAAGUAUCCAUCGCAAACGAAAGAUGUUCAAACAAAGAAGAGUAGUGUUAAAAAGACGGUAAACAUAGUUGAAGAGGACCAAGAAACCGAUUUGACGAAUCUAACAUGGUUGCAAAACAUAACGAACAUCAUGGCAGUUCCACAGUUUCCAAUACCACCAAUGUCGCCGACCCCACCAGCGAAAAUCCAACCCCAAAAUACAAGGCUACAAAAGUUCAAUCAAACUAUAGCGAAGUGCCAGAAGGAUUUUAUGGAGAAUAAGGAAGAUUACCAAAGCAAUAGCGAGAAGAAACCUCCCUAUUCGUAUAGUACUUUAAUAUGCAUGGCAAUGCGGUAUAAUAAUGAUAAAAUGACGCUCUCUGCGAUUUACUCUUGGAUUCGGGAGAAUUUCAAGUAUUACAGGAAUGCGGACCCCACAUGGCAGAAUUCCAUAAGGCACAACCUGUCACUCAACAAAGUGUUCGUCAAAGUGGCGCGCUCUAAACACGAACCAGGAAAAGGAGGGUUCUGGAAACUCGACCUUGCUCACUUGGAGGGAACAAAACGCAUAUCAAAUAGACCCCACAAGAAAAAGAAGCCCAGCGAAACGAAAAAAGACCCCAAAGUUACCGAAGAACAAAUAGCAAUCGCCAAUAUACCAAUGGAAAUCAACGAUAUGACAAAUGAAUUGAACCAAGCUGUUACCUUGCAUCUACCUGAUUUUCCCCUUCAAUCGCUAUCAGACAUUGACAUGGAUACAAAUAUUGGAGCCAAUGUUAUCGUCGAACCGGUGGCGCCUCCCCCUCUAAUACCAGAAGAUGAUUUGUCGUCUUUGCUGCUAAAUCCAACGGAUUGGGCGGAUCUCCAGUUGGACAUGUUGGACAAUUACUUGGAUUCGUGUUUCAAGUAAGUCUUGGUAGGAUAUUGUCCAUCUGUUGUACAAAUCUUGCAUUUGCAAAUCAGAGGUAGUUAUAGAAGGCUCACUUCGCAAAAACGUUUAACGAACGCCUCUUUUUCUAUCAUUUACCGAAAUGAAGUAGGUAUUUAAUUGUGCAUUUGUGGAAAUUGAUCUGACAAGGGAGAUCGGGGAGAUCUUUGUUUAAAAAAAUAUUGUGAACUAAUUAUAACUUAAAGUUUCAAUGGCAUAAGCGAAAGAGU